CAUGCGGCGCGUCUGCAGGUGACGGAACAGGCAGAAUAUGCUGGAUGCACUGAGGAAUUCAACCAACGUUUCCUAAAAAAAGAACUACAACGGAUUUACAUUUUUCUCAAGUUUUUGUAUUUUUCCGCUUAAAUCUUUUUUUUUUCCAAACGCAACCCUGAUUCUUUUUUUUCCAGGAGGGGUCAUGCAUUGUGGAGUUGGCUCGCAAAAAAAGGAGAGAGAACUAUACAGCCCUGUUGGCUGCAAGUGACUCGGAGGUGUAAGAGAGAGAGAGCAGGGAUAAAGGCAACCGGACAGGUGAUUUCACAUCCACAUCCUCGGAGAUCGGAGAGUUGAUCCACACUCGAGCCGUGCGAUGAGUUUGGAAACUGCACGCGCGGGCAUUUAAAUGAUCCUCUGACAUAUGUGGACAUAUCGUCGGACAGAGGAAUAUUGCAGCCUCACCCACACAAAAAAAGGAGAUUAUAAUCCACAACCUGUGCGUAAAACGGCGCGACGUGGACUGGUGACACUUUCUGGUGAUGUGACAUUUUGGCUUUUACGCGCAUAAUCCACACAGGCCCGUUUGUGGCAACGUCCAGGGCGCACGGAGCCUCCCUGGUGUGUGUUUUUGUGUAUGUGUGUGUGUGUGUGGUUUUUCUUUUUCAACACCAUUGCGGUUUUUCUUUUACUAACACAAGAAAAGAGCAAUCCAGCGCCGGCGGUGGAGGAGGGAGAGGAGAGAGGGAAGCCCGUGCACUUGCUGCUUUUCACUGCAGCAGGAGCGAUGUCGGAAGUCGUCCAGAGGAUGAAGUCUUUGCGCAAACCGAGGGCUUUGCACUGAAUGAAAACGAUAUUCCGGACUUUCCAUCAGUGAUUACAUUCUUUUUUUUGGACAUUUUUCUUCAAACCCAAGUGGAACAAUGAGGACUACUGGUGCAGUGGACUAUUUGUACUAUUGCAUGCUCAUCCUGCAGCUCGUGAAUCAGCCCGCCGCCAAGCAAGUGCUCCGGUACCGCUUGGCUGAGGAGGGACCCGCCGAUGUCAGAGUGGGAAACGUCGCCGCCGACUUGGGCAUCGUCGCCGGGUCCGGAGAGGUGACAUUCACGCUGGAGUCAGGCUCUGAUUUCUUCAAAAUAGACAACAUCACAGGUGAGCUCAGCACCAACGAGAGGCGGAUAGACCGCGAGAAACUGCAGCAGUGCCAAAUGAUAUUUGAUGAGAACGAGUGUUUUAUAGAUUUUGAGGUGUCAGUCAUCGGACCAGCCCAGAGCUGGGUAGACCUGUUUGAGGGAAAAGUCAUCAUAUUAGAUAUCAAUGACAACACCCCAUCUUUCCCAUCCCCUGUCCUCACACUGUCUGUGGAGGAAAACAGACCCAUUGGAACCCUUUAUCUGCUGCCCACCGCCACAGACAGAGAUUUUGGCAGAAAUGGAAUAGAGAGAUACGAGCUCAUCCAGGACAAUGGUGAGAACUCAAGGCGCCUGGGCUCCACAGGGGAUUCAUACUCUGGGAAGAGGAGGUUUGAUGAAGGCGCGAGCAGGAGCAGCGUAUUUGAACUGCAAGUUGCUGACACCACUGAUGGAGAGAAGCAGCCUCAACUCAUCAUUAAAGGGGCCCUUGAUAGGGAGCAGAGAGACUCCUAUGAGCUCACGCUGCGUGUGAGGGACGGAGGAGAUCCCCCUCGCUCCUCUCAGGCCAUUCUCAGGGUGAUGAUAACUGAUGUGAAUGACAACAACCCUCGGUUUGAGAAGAGCGUGUAUGAGGCUGAUCUACCAGAAAACAGCUCCCCGGGUGCCCCCAUACUCCAGCUCAAAGCGGCGGAUGCAGACGUGGGGGUUAACGGCCAGAUAGAGUAUGUGUUCGGGGCAGCCACAGAGUCAGUGAGGAGGCUGCUGAGGUUGGAUGAGAGCACAGGGUGGCUGAGUGUACUGCACCGCAUUGACCGUGAAGAAGUGAGCCAACUGAGGUUCACGGUAAUGGCCCGUGACCGAGGCCAGCCACCCAAAAUGGACAAGGCUACUGUGGUGUUGAACAUUAGGGAUGAAAACGACAACGUUCCUGCUAUAGAGAUAAGGAAAAUUGGACGCAUUUUCUUAAAAGACGGUAUAGCCAAUGUGGCUGAGGAUGUGGUGGUGGACACACCCAUUGCCUUAGUACAGGUGUCAGACCGAGACCAGGGGGAAAAUGGUAUAGUGACCUGCACAGUGGUAGGGGAUGUGCCCUUUCAGCUCAAACCAGCCAGUGAAAUGGAGGGUGAGCAGAAUAAAAAGAAAUAUUUCCUCCACACGUCUGCACCACUGGACUAUGAGGCCACACAGGAAUACAAUGUGGUCAUAGUGGCUGUGGACUCUGGAAGCCCCAGUCUGGCAAGUAAUAACUCUCUUAUCGUCAAAGUUGGCGACACUAAUGACAACCCUCCUAUCUUUAGCCAGAACGUCGUUGAGGUGUCUUUCCCAGAAAACAAUGCCCCUGGCGAGAGGGUGACAACAGUGGUGGCCAUUGAUGCAGAUAGUGGGAAAAAUGCAGAAAUUGCCUACUCCCUUGACUCAUCAGUAAAUGGGAUUUUCUCCAUCGACGCAGACAGUGGAGACAUCCGAGUAAACACCAUUCUGGACAGAGAACAAACUGAGCGCUAUGAAUUCAAAGUGAUAGCCAAAGAUAAGGGCGUAAACACCCUCCAGGGCUCUGCAACAGUGGUUGUCCUUGUGGCCGAUAAGAAUGACAACGAGCCAAAGUUCAUGCAGGAUGUGUUCACCUUCUAUGUCAAAGAGAACCUUGAGCCAAACAGCCCUGUUGGCAUGGUUACAGUCAUUGAUGCAGAUAAAGGCCAAAAUGCUGAGAUGAGUCUUUUCAUUGAAGAAGAGGAAGACAUGUUUUCAAUUGAAAAUGACACUGGGACGAUUUUCUCCACCCUGUCCUUUGACAGAGAGCAGAAGACUACAUACACCUUCCGAGUCAAAGCUGUGGACGGCGGUGAUCCCCCGAGAUCCGCCACCGCCACGGUUUCACUCUUAGUCAUGGAUGAAAAUGACAAUGCACCGAUGGUCACUUUCCCAAUAAACAGCUCCUACACCCUUCUUCCCCCAUCCAGUAACAUCGGAACAGUAGUCAGAACAGUCAUAGCCACAGAUACUGACAGUGGCGUCAAUGCAGAUCUGAACUACGGCAUUAUUGGGGGAAACCCCUUCAAGCUGUUUGAGAUUAAUGGCAGUUUUGGGGUUAUUUCACUGGUAGGGAAGCUGGAGCAGAAGCAUUAUGGCCUCCACAGACUGGUGGUGCAGGUGAGCGACAGGGGGCAGCCUUCACAGACCACCACCACACUGGUUCACGUGUAUGUUAAUGAGACUCUUUCGAAUUCCACAGUCGUGGAGGCCCAGGUGGCAAAGAGCCUGAGCACGUCUCUCAACACAAACAUCGCUGGUGACCCGAACUAUGAUCUAAGCAAACAGCGUUUAAGCAUUGUGAUCGGCGUCGUUUCAGGCAUCAUGACGGUCAUCCUCAUCAUUCUCAUUGUUGUCAUGGCCCGUUAUUGCCGUCCAAAGAAUAAGAAUGGCUACGAGGCCGGCAAGAAGGAUCACGAGGACUUCUUUACACCACAGCAGCAUGACAAAUCCAAAAAGCCCAAGAAGGAUAAGAAGAAACAGAAAUCUAAACAGCCACUCUAUAGCAGCAUUGUCACUGUUGAGGCCUCCAAACCCAACGGGCAGCGCUACGAUGGCGUCAACGAGAAGCUGUCAGACAGUCCAGGCAUGGGCCGCUACCGUUCAGUCAACGGAGGGCCCGGGAGCCCAGAUCUGGCCCGACACUACAAGUCCAGUUCGCCGCUCCCCACUGUCCAGCUUCACCCGCAGUCGCCAACAGCUGGAAAAAAGCACCAGGCAGUUCAGGACCUGCCCCCUGCCAACACCUUUGUUGGCACCGGAGAUAACAUUUCCCUUGGAUCUGACCACUGCUCUGAAUACAGCAGUCAAACUAUCAACAAGUACAACAAACAGACUCCCGGCCCUUGCCUGACGUAGCCAUGACUGGCAAGUGCACUCGGGAAUGUGACGAGUAUGGCCACUCGGACUCCUGCUGGAUGCCUGUGCGCACGUCGCCUGAACGACGGCCAUCCAAGUCAA